AUGGCAUCUCCGGGCUCCAGCUUUUGGUCUUUCGGGUCUGAAGAUGGCUCCGGGGAUCCCGAAAACCCAAGCACAGCGAGAGCCUGGUGUCAGGUGGCCCAGAAGUUCACUGGUGGCAUCGGAAACAAGCUGUGCGCUCUGCUCUACGGAGACGCCGAAAAGCCAGCGGAGAGUGGCGGGAGCGAGCCCCCGCAGGCCACCUCCCAGAAGGCCGCUUGCGCUUGCAACCAGAAGCCCUGCAGCUGUCCCAAAGCGGAUGUCAACUAUGCAUUUCUGCACGCAACAGACCUACUGCCAGCCUGUGAUGGAGAGAGACCCACCUUGGCAUUCCUGCAGGAUGUUAUGGAUAUUUUGCUUCAAUAUGUGGUGAAAAGUUUCGAUAGAUCAACCAAAGUGAUUGAUUUCCAUUACCCUAAUGAGCUUCUUCAAGAAUAUAAUUGGGAAUUGGCAGACCAACCACAAAAUUUGGAGGAAAUUUUGAUGCAUUGCCAAACAACUCUAAAAUAUGCCAUUAAAACAGGGCAUCCCAGAUAUUUCAAUCAACUCUCCACUGGACUGGAUAUGGUUGGAUUAGCAGCAGACUGGCUGACAUCAACAGCAAACACUAACAUGUUCACCUAUGAAAUUGCUCCAGUCUUUGUACUUUUGGAAUAUGUCACCCUAAAGAAAAUGAGAGAAAUCAUUGGCUGGCCAGGUGGCUCUGGCGAUGGAAUAUUUUCUCCUGGUGGCGCCAUAUCUAACAUGUAUGCCAUGCUGAUCGCACGCUUUAAGAUGUUCCCAGAAGUCAAGGAGAAAGGGAUGGCCGCUGUUCCUAGGCUCAUUGCCUUCACGUCUGAGCAUAGUCAUUUUUCUCUCAAGAAGGGAGCUGCAGCCUUGGGCAUUGGAACAGACAGCGUGAUUCUAAUUAAAUGUGAUGAGAGGGGAAAAAUGAUCCCAUCUGACCUUGAAAGAAGGAUCAUUGAAGCCAAACAAAAAGGAUUUGUCCCUUUCCUUGUGAGUGCCACAGCUGGGACCACCGUGUAUGGAGCAUUUGAUCCCCUCUUAGCUGUCGCUGACAUUUGCAAAAAGUACAAGAUCUGGAUGCAUGUGGAUGCCGCUUGGGGUGGGGGAUUGCUGAUGUCCCAGAAACACAAGUGGAAACUGAGCGGCGUGGAGAGGGCCAACUCUGUGACAUGGAAUCCACACAAGAUGAUGGGCGUCCCUUUGCAGUGCUCCGCUCUCCUGGUUAGGGAAGAGGGAUUGAUGCAGAGUUGCAACCAGAUGCACGCCUCCUACCUGUUCCAGCAAGAUAAACACUACGACUUAUCCUAUGACACUGGAGACAAGGCCUUGCAGUGCGGACGCCAUGUUGAUGUCUUUAAGUUAUGGCUGAUGUGGAGAGCAAAGGGAACUGCUGGGUUUGAAGCACAUAUUGACAAGUGCUUGGAGCUGGCAGAGUAUUUAUACAAUAUCAUAAAAAACCGAGAAGGAUAUGAAAUGGUGUUUGAUGGAAAGCCUCAGCAUACAAAUGUCUGCUUCUGGUAUGUUCCUCCGAGUUUGCGUGUCCUGGAAGACAACGAAGAGAGAAUGAGCCGUCUUUCAAAAGUGGCUCCGGUGAUUAAAGCCAGAAUGAUGGAGUACGGGACUACAAUGGUCAGCUACCAGCCCUUGGGAGACAAGGUCAAUUUCUUCCGAAUGGUCAUUUCAAAUCCUGCAGCCACUCACCAAGACAUCGAUUUCCUGAUUGAAGAAAUAGAACGCCUCGGACAAGAUUUAUAA